CUGACCUUGGGUUAGGUUGGCUGGUUGGGUGCAUAACUGCAUAUGAAAGACCAUCAUUUCAAAACUCUAUGUCUUCUGAUAGCUAAUAGUUUUCUUCUCGCUGAGAUUCCAUCGAAAUUCAACCUACAUUUACCUUGUUUUCGGUUUUGACGGAAGAAAUCAUGAAUGGCGAACUUCCCAAUGUCAAAAAAUGGGUAGUUUUAUACCCUGUAUACAUCAAUUCUAAGAAAACGAUCGCUGAAGGUCGCCGAAUCAGCGUCAACAAAGCUUGCGAAAAUCCUACUUGCGAUGAGAUUGGAGAUUGCUGUAAAUUCCUCAAUCUUCCUUACCAUAAAGAGAUGGAAAAGGCUUAUCCAAGAGACUUCAUGCAAAGAGGGAGAGUAAGAGUAUUGCUUAAAAAAGAAGAUGGAAGCUUUUGUAAUCCUGAGGUUUCUUCCAGAAAGCUCUUGAUGUUGCGGAUUGCAGAAAUGGUACCCCGGCAUGUUGGAAGGACUACAAAGAAACAGGAAUCAGGCUCCAGCUCCAGUCAUGCACCUGCUAAAUCUAGCAAGGGAGGAAGAAAGAAAAAAUAAAUAGACGUCUCGUAUCUGUGAGUGUUCAACUUGAAUUUAGAAAAGAACUGUAAAUUGUGACCACAAAUUGUUUCAGUGCAAAUGUGGACUUUGGAGGAUUAGAAAUCUUGUGUUGGUAAAAUUUGGUGUUGAUCAGAUUGAUGAUCUUGGUCUGUUGAUCAUCCCAAUAACUUGUGCUUGUUUUUGAGGCUAAAUUUUGGUCCAGAGGUUCUUUUUUAAUCCACUAGUUGUGGGGCCGCGUGCACGCGGUCCUCCAAGUUACUCUAUUGAACUUUUUAACGUUAUUUUAUAAUAUGAAUGAAAAUAUUAAAAUGUAAUGUAUUGCAACGGUGUGAAAUAUACAAGGAUUGAAAAUGUA